CCCAGCGUGGGCGGGGCGCCCGGGUCCCUGGGAACGACCCGGGGCUCUUGGGGCGAGGUUGCGCACGGCUAGGUUCCGGGGUGCGCUUGUGGGGUCGCCCAUGACGGCGGAAGGACCGAGGACCUUGGUGGUUCCAGGAGGGCUAGCGGCGGCGAGCCAGCGCACCUACCCUUCUUGGGACUCUUGGAGCCUCGCCUCUCUGGAAGCUAUUUGGCGUUUUUGUGGUGACCUGGAAUGGCCAAAUAUCAAGGUGAAGUUCAGAGUUUGAAACUGGAUGAUGAUUCAGUUAUAGAAGGAGUAAGUGACCAAGUUCUUGUGGCAGUUGUGGUCAGUUUCACUUUGAUUGCUUCCCUGGUAUAUGCACUUUUCAGAAAUGUACAUCAGAACAUUCAUCCAGAAAACCAAGAGCUAGUGAGAGUGCUUCGAGAACAACUUCAAACCGAGCAGGAUGCACCUGCAGCGGCCCGACAGCAGUUCUACACUGACAUGUACUGUCCAAUCUGCUUACACCAAGCCUCCUUCCCUGUGGAGACAAACUGUGGGCAUCUGUUCUGUGGUGCCUGCAUUAUUGCAUACUGGCGAUAUGGUACUUGGCUUGGUGCCAUCAGUUGUCCAAUAUGUAGACAAACGGUAACUUUACUCCUAACCGUAUUUAGUGACACUGAUCAGUCUCAGGAUGUUGUGAGAUUGUAUCAAGACGUUAAUGAUUAUAACCGAAGAUUCUCAGGGCAGCCCAGAUCUAUUAUGGAAAGAAUCAUGGAUCUACCCACUUUACUGAGACAUGCUUUCAGGGAAAUGUUUUCAGUUGGGGGUCUUUUCUGGAUGUUUCGCAUUAGGAUAAUACUUUGUUUAAUGGGAGCUUUUUUCUAUCUUAUAUCACCUCUAGAUUUUGUACCUGAAGCCUUAUUUGGAAUUUUAGGCUUUCUAGAUGAUUUCUUUGUCAUCUUUUUGUUGCUUAUCUAUAUCUCUAUUAUGUAUCGAGAAGUGAUAACCCAAAGGCUAACUAGAUGAAUAAAGAAAUGAGUUUAACUAGAAUAUCUGAGCUAAGGCAUAAUACCAAACAGAAAGACUCAUGUCAGUGUAAAUCAUCUAUAAUCGUAUAAGGUUAAAGCCAUUAUAUGACAGACAAACAUCAGAUUAUCAUUUGACAAAUGCCUCAAUAUAUAACUGGAAUUCUUACAUGUCACAGAUCCUGAUGUUAAGAUGAGAAUUACAAUGACCUUACAGUUGUAUCUUGAUUCUGUAUUGUCUAUAAAGUCUCUGGAAAAAAUAUGGAAUUACUAAAAAGAGAUAUUUUGACAUCUUCCACAAUUACUUAGAUUAAUUGGAUAUAUAAUACAGUACUGUUAAAUGUAGUUUCUCCAAUUUGUCCUCCUUAGUGGCUACCUAUACAGUACUAUAUAGCUAUGAAACUCACCUAACUAUUUUUGUUAUAAUAAAAUAUUGUAUUAUAUUGGAGAAAAGUUAGUGUUUCUUUUAGUACUGAGUUCUGUGCACUUGGAGCAGUUCUGCUUUCCCAUUCAGGCAUACUUCUUUCUUAAUACCUGAAACUGAAUGAAGAAACUUGGACUUUAUAAUUUAACUUUGUAUUCUAGUCUAUGGAACAUUUUUUAAUCAACAAAAGAAUUAACAAGAUGAAAAAAUUAUCUCCAGUCAAGCAUACUUGAUGUUCACAGUUAUGACAUUUGCACAAAAGUUCGAUCCUUUGAAAGGAAUACAUCCUCAUAAAGGGAGCAUUGUUUUAGGAGCCUGGGUGAUACUGUAUUUCUAAGGAAACUGGAUCUUUAGGCCUGUUAGCACCAAACCCUGUAGGAAGGUAAUAGAACACUAUUUAAAUUUGGUAAGAGAACAUUUAAAUUACUGAUGAGCUCUAGCAACAGAAUGGAAAAAUUUGGUUGUCCGCUGUCAGAAAAGUUGUGUAAUACUGUCUCCCAGAUGGCAGCAUGGUAAAACCCUGAUUGCUGGCUUGUGCAAAAUGAGCAGAUGUGUCUAAGAUAUUGGAUUGCAUAAGUAAGCUCUUCUGUUCGUGUUUGUAUUCUGAUGACUGUGUCAUGAGUAUCUAAUGCCCUCUUUGCAGUUUCUGUUUGACAUUAGUCAAUACCAUGAGUACUGCAAGAUCCUUCCUCGUUUGGUUGGCACUGCUCAUUAUCAGCCUGAAGACAGCAGGUAUACGUUGAUACCCAGGAGUCAGUGUGGUCUUUAUCAUCUGCAGUCACUGAUACUAAUAUUAUCCAUCAGUUUUUUAGUGAGCCUCAUUGUGGGUAUACAGGGAGAAAAAAAGAGAAAACCUGUCACAUUUUCCUGUUAAUCCAUUUGGCUGUCAGCUAUAGUGAGAUUGCAAAUGAAAUAGCAAUUUGUUUCCUAAUUUGGACCUAGGACAGAGCUGUUGCUUGUUGUAGAAACAACAGUGCUUAGCUAUAGCACAUUGAAGUUCCGGCAAUUCCUCACGUACUUUUCAUCUUAUCCUUACGGAAAUCUUGUAAGGAAGAAAUGGCAUAUACCUUCCUUUCCAUAGGUGAAAUCCCCCUGCUAUUGAUGAAAGUGCUGGCUGAAGUCAUGCAACAAAUAAGCGAUUGAACUGGUGGAUGUUUAGGUAGACACAACGGAUGUUAAGUAGAAGCAAGAGAGAAACCGCUGUCCUUUGGAAGUCUUUCAGAAUGUAUUAUUCCUUCACUGGAAUAGGACACUUAGGUGCUCCUAAGGGAAAAAGGUCUAGAAAGAUGACUCAUAAGAGACUACCCUUCCAAACCAAGCCUCUUAAGAGAGUAGUGUAUGUUAGACAAAGGUAUUUCAGCACAGGUACCAGUUGGAACUGGAAAUGUAUAUAUAUCCUGUUCAUGAUAAAUUUGAUGUGGAACCACAGCAACAUUUUUUAAAGGACUUUAUUUUCUGUGUAUGCAUUCUCCUAGUGUCAGAUUUCUGGUUACAAUAAUUUUGUAAUAUCUGGAAUUGUUGCUGCUUUCUUGGUAAAGAUAUAUUGUGCCAAAUUUUGUAACAUACAAAAGCACUGUAUGAUAUGAGAUCUUAUUAAACUGACAAGUAAACAUUCUGACAUCUUAAAAUUUUAGAACUGGGGCCAGGGAUUUAGCUAAGUGGCUUAAGUGCCAGCCUGGCAAAUGUGAGGUGGCGAGUUCAAUCCCUGGUACUACCAAAAAAAAAAAAAACUUUUAGAACUGAUUAUAAAGUCAUCCUCACUGAUCACUGCUGAAGAAUGCAGAAGAGAUCUGAGAGUAUUACAGUACAGUCAGGGUUUUAACCACCAUAGUGAUACUUGUAUGAUUCUGAAUUACAUCAUAUAAUUCAAAGCAACUAUUUCAAUUUAAACUCAUGGCAUAGCGCCUGGUUGGCAAGUGCAAGGUCAUGAGUUCAAUUCCUGGUACAAGAAAAAAUACAUAUAUAUGUGUAUAUUUUAACUCUCAAAAACAUAUGGUCCAACCCCAGGAGCAGCUCAGAUGACAACCUGGGCAGCUCUGGGGGGAACAAGACAGAGCAACAGUUGUUCUUACAAGCCACUCAGCAGUGGUUUCCACUCCCAUACUUCUCCAUGUUUGAGAGGAGAAAGGGCAGAAGGUGACCCCUGUGGCUUCACAGAUACCUACCUCACAGAAUUGGUAUAGAGGAUGGAUUGGUUUCAAUUUUGUGAUGUGAAGUUUGUCAAGUAUUUUAUUAUUUUGAAUAAAAGCAGUGUAUCUAAAAAA